GAGCUACCUCAGCUGGGUCGUUUCACCCUUCGUGACGAAGGCCGCACUAUUGCUAUCGGAAAGUGGAAUUCCACGAUCAUCAAAAGCAUGAGCCAACGCGCAAGAGUGGUCUCAGUCUAUAAGCAGUUAUAUCAUUUGGGCAAAGAGUAUCCCAAAGGAGCUGAUUGGUUCCACACCAGAUUGAAGGCGGCAUUUCUCAAGAACAAA